AUGAAAGCAGGAGCAGGAGCAGGAGCAGGAGCAGGAGCAGGAGCAGGAGCAGGAGCAGGAGCAGGAGCAGGAGCAGGAGCAGGAGCAGGAGCAGGAGCAGGAGCAGGAGCAGGAGCAGGAGCAGGAGCAGGAGCAGGAGCAGGAGCAGGAGCAGGAGCAGGAGCAGGAGCAGGAGCAGGAGCAGGAGCAGGAGCAGGAGCAGGAGCAGGAGCAGGAGCAGCUGCAGGGGCAGGCGCAGGGGCAGGAGCAGGAGCAGGAGCAGGAGCAGGAGCAGGAGCAGGAGCAGGAGCAGGAGCAGGAGCAGGAGCAGGAGCAGGAGCAGGAGCAGGAGCAGGAGCAGGAGCAUGA